UUGCUCAUACCUUGAGAAGCUCUUCAGAUUGUAGGAACUGUGUUCUUGACGACAUGAAGAACAUGAUGAUCUUCACUCCGCUGUGUCUGACCCUGUGCUGGAUGCUCUCUGUGGACUCCAUGAGGAUCCGCCACAGUCCUGGGUUCCCAUUAAACAUGGCUAACGAUUCGGUUGAUGACAUGUACGAUGGCUGCGACGACACGGCAUCGAUGGACUGGAGAAAAAAGCAGUACUCUAAAGAGCUGACAAGUGGAGUAUAUGCACGGCCUUGGAAAAAUGCUACAACGUGUGCUAAUGAGAAGUUUAACAUAAGGAGCAGGGAGGACAUGAAUCUGACCAAAGAUCACAUGCAAGCAAUCUGUGUGUACACACAUUUUGAUGUGUAUUCAAAGUUCAAUGAAGCCGUCAGAGGACAAAAGAAAAAAUAUACUAAGUCAUUCCAGUACCAUAUUUUACAUUUGCUGUUGACAACAGCCAUUAAAAUCUUGAAUCCUAAUCACCGCUGUCACACCACCUACAGACGAUCUCGAGAUGCAUUUACUGGAACGGUCAACCAAACAAUUCGAUUUGGUUCCUUUGCAUCCAGCUCUUACAUGACAAACCUGACCCGAUUCGGUAAUAAAACCUGCUUUAAGAUUAACACCUGCUAUGGUGGAUAUUUGAAAAACUAUUCAUACUACAAUGACGAGCAAGAAGUGCUCAUCCCACCUUAUGAGAAGUUCACUAUCAAAGACCAAGUUAAACCAGAAGGUGAAAUGAAAGGGUUGGAAUACUGUAAAAUUCUAUAUGUGUUGGAGAGUGCAGGAAUUGAAAAUAAUCUGAACUGCAAGUUAGGUCUUGUGCAACAGGUUAAAAAAACUCUUCAGCUCGGGUUACAAAGGUUGAAAUCACGUUUCACCAAAGCCAAGAUAAUAUCUAGUGCAAACAAUGAAAAAAAAUAAAAGGAAAAAUCUAAACAGUGGCUAUGGUUUUCAACUUUAUGCUUAAUCUUCAGUCCUCAUAUGCAACUCAAUCAACUUAUUUGUGCUUUUUUUCUACAUCAUGUGUAGAAAUGACUCCCAGCAGCUGUAAUGUUUGUCCUUCACUUGACGGAGCUGCUGGGCUGCUUUCUGCAAUGGACCAUUUAUUGCAAGAAAUAAACGUGUAAAAAGGCAUCUUUGUUGUUUCUCUGUUAUUCUGGAUUUACUGCAGAAUGUGAUUUUUUUCAGUCAAACUAAAAAAGUAGCCAGAUGUCAACUUUAUGGAAUCUUGACAGCUGUGUCACUCCCAAUCCACAAAGACCCAACUCACAACCCACAGGGUCCAAAGACCUAUUACCAUGUCAUUAAUGACAGGUUAGAGUGGUAUGAGUAGGAUUAAAAAGCUUGCAGGAUUUACAAAGAAGGAUCAAAUGAAUGGAG